AUGAAAGAUCGAUCUCCCGACAUAACAAACUUAACAUACCAUCUCAACUGUUCAGAUGAUGAUCGUUAUGUCAUUCUCGAUUAUGAUAGUCGAAAAUUUGCGUUAGUUGACCAAGCCAUUCCAAUAAUGACAAUUAUAUUCUCUAUAAUUGGCAUUAUCAUCAAUGGCAUCUUCAUAUAUCUCACCAUUCGUGGGAUUCGGGAUAGGAAGUUACCUUUCAAAGGUUACUCUUUGUUGUUGAAUCGCUCUAUCACGGAUGUGCUGACGUCGUUUCUCACUCUGGUCUUUGUAUCACUACAUAGAUUCGAUCAAGAGCCGGACCCCAACACCUAUCCGACAGAGUAUGAGAAUAAAACCUAUGUGGAUGUGGAUUAUGUUAUUCCUCAUGGACGAACUGUAUUCACUCUAUUGCUCACCUUAGACUUCUGGGCCGCUGCUGGUUGUUAUGCCGUCUUAGCUCUUUUCACUUAUUUUGCUGUUCGCUACCCCAUCAUCUACAAGAUUCAUAUGACAAACCGUCGAUGCAUUUAUGUUGGAGUAAUAAUUUGGCUUUUGGGCCUGUUCUAUGCUGUGCUAGUCGUCUGUAUCUCACCCAAUAACGCCUUCAACGUUUUCAAUAAUGAUGCUCUCAUUCAGUGGACUGUCAGUACCUCGGAUUUCGUUCUUUCCAUCUCGAACUUGUUCAUCGUUCUUCUUUCCUUCACAAUAGUCUGCUUCUCUUAUUUUUUCAUAAUUGCUUACCUCUGUAGAGUAGGAACCCAAUCAGGUACAUUAGCAUCUCAUCAUCUACUAUCCAUAGGAAGGAUAGGUCUGAAUGUUUUUGCCUUUGCCAUUUCUUGUUUCGUAAUGGCGGGCUUCGUUUCUAUCCCGCUGUUUUUGAAACGUAGAAUUGAUCAGCUCAAUGGGGAACUAGGAGAUGUGAAUCCCUGCAGAACUGUGGUUGAUACGUAUCGCCUGGGUUACAGUAUGGCUUUAUGGACAACAGUGGCCAUGGCUGGUUGGCAAAUACGGAUGGUCAUCGAUCCAGUAGCCAACAUCGGUUUCGAUCAAAGGUUUAAACUGCUCUGGGAUGAGAUGUGUUGUGGCCCUCUCGCAGGAUUACAGCCUCGUUAUGCAAUGAGAUCGGAUGCUGGCGGAGAGUUUCUCCGAAAGUGUGUUGCUCAGAACGUGAUCCCAAUAUCUGUAAUAACUGGAGAAGGACGAUACUUCCGUUUUCGAACUGCUACGAACGCGGAUGAUAUCCAAGUGGAGAAAGACCUCAUCCAAAGAAUGACCCGUGUGGUCGUCUUGCUAUCUUAUGGAUGGCUUUUUUGUAUCCAGCUUAGUCUCCAAUUGUCUUACUUCGAACCAUUUGAAUGUGAUGUAAAUGAUCCCUGUAAAAACUGUAAUCUUACUGUUGGUGGAGCAUGCGCAGGGAAAUUAACAGCUCCUUACCUCUUCUGUGAUCCCACUACUAACCUUAUUUCCCAAUCAGUCUCUAUGAGCUUGGAGUGCUGGCAGGGUCAUUUCCGAAUUAAGCAUUGUGCUAGAAACACUUAUUAUAUAAAAGAUCGAGGAUGUGUAGAUCCAACGAUUAUGCCUUUCAUGCAAGGGUUAUCAGUAUCUGGAAGUGGAAGAGUAGGAGAUGUGUGUCAAUACAACACGGAUUGCCUGAGUGGAAUGUACUGUUCUGGUGGUAUGUGUACUUGUCUUAGUACCUACAUUCUUCGCGAAUCUUACUGCUAUGAAAAAAUUAAUCCGAACCAGCCUGGAUGUACUUAUGAUGUACAGUGUGAAUCUGUUUGGCCCGGAUCAAAAUGUAGCAUGGAUAGCAGCGUUGGAACUUGUCGUUGUCCAGAAGAAACUCAUGUCGCCAGGGAGACACGUGACGGAUGGGUGUGCAUUUCCCUGAAAGAUCAGGGCACUGGAGGCACAGCACCUUUGUAUUUUGUUUGUCCACUUCCAGAAGGAGCUGGUUUUAAAAUAGCUCUCAAUGAUCCUAAUCCAGAAUUUGGAUCUUUCCCCGUAUCAUGCACUGUAGGAUCUUCAGCGACGGUCGAACCGAUUUCUGGGCUCCAUGGGGGAGCAGGUUGCAUGUGGCCUUCCAACGGAGAAUUCCUAGGAGAUAUUUAUGACUGUAUACAUACUAGCCCCCACGUUCAAGUUGCAACCAAAUUCCCUCAAUCUUCUUAUGCUGCAUCUGCAGAUGGAGUUUGCUGUCCCAGCAGAACUUUGGCUUGUAUACAACCACAAGCAACUGGACCUAAUCCCACGGAAUCCCGAUGGUGGUACAACGCGGUAACGGGAACCUGUCAGCAGUUCAUGUGGGACGCAGCUGCUACUGAAGCUAAAUACCAUUCCGCUAACAACUUCAAAACGAUACAGCACUGCGAAUCGUAUUGUCGAGAUACUUGCCAACGGGGUCCUCCUCAGUACUCAAACGAAGCUGUAGUGCAUAAUGAGAGACCUCUAACUACCUGUGGUACAACUGGCUGUGCUAACGAUUUUCAAUGCACUGCAGUCGGGAGUCAGCAUCUAUGUUGUCCCACUCCAGCUAUUAUUUGCUCGGCUCGUGGUGGACGACCAUAUGACCUUACUCCUCGCUCUACAAUAUUCCACCCAGGCUUUAAGGUAACAACGGGAAGAGAGACUAUUCGUUUCUACUAUGAUCCUUCAUUAGGACGUUGUCAUGAUUUCAUCUAUCAAGGUGCUGGUGGAAAUUUCAACAAUUUCCUCUCUAAACACGAAUGCGACAUGUUCUGUUCACGAUUGCAAUGUGAACGUGGUUCACCGUUGAAAAUCGGGGAAGUUUCACAACAUUGUCAAACGAAUGCUCAAUGUCCUUCCUCUUAUGAAUGUAAAGCUGAUCAAGGAGUUUGUUGUCCAAGAAAACAAACUAUCUGUGCUCAACCUUUACGUGUGGGAGAUUGUACGGAAAAUGUGAAACGCUAUUAUUAUAAUGCUAAAUCGCGGCAAUGCCAAAUGUUCGAGUACACUGGCUGCCAAGGCAAUGAUAACAACUUCGUUUCCCAUAUGGAUUGUCAGAACUUCUGUAAAAAUGCUAUACCUGAACCAAAGUGUAUGCAAGGGCAAGCGUACAAAGAUCAGUUUGGAAAUUUCGUUUCUUGUUCUAAUGGCAUGGGUUGCCCCGCUAAUUACGAUUGCACAUUCGACGGUUCUCAAUGGGGAUGCUGUCCAUUGAAAUCUUAUACUUGCACAUUGAAUUCUGAUAGUGGUAUCCAAUGCGGAGCUGGUUCCACUUUCAAAUUCUUCUAUAAUCCUUCCACCCAGAACUGUGAAAGCUUCCAGUACAAUGGAUGCGACGGUAACAGCAAUAAUUUCGCUACACGUGAAAGUUGUGAGGCCUAUUGUUCUGUUGGAGGAUGUCCAAACGGUGGAUUACCACAGAGAGAUCAUGCUGGAAUGAUGACUAUCUGUAGUUCUUCUCAACGCUGUUCGGAAACGCACGAAUGUGUUCCUGUAUUCUCAGGAGUUACCAUGAUUCAUCGAUGCUGCCCAACCAGAGCUUACAUGUGCUCUUUACCUCCUCAACAAGGAACUCCCUGUGCUGCCAACUUCGUUACAAGAUAUUACUUUAACAUUGUCACUGGACAGUGCGCUACUUUCCAGUUCGGGGGAUGUGAUGGGAAUAACAACAACUUCUUAACUAUACAACAAUGCAGAUCAUUUUGUAUGAGCAACUCAUGUCCUGCCGGAAAUAUUGCGUAUGUGGAUCCCAACACUCAGAUGCCUAUAAACUGUAACGAAGCUUUGAGUAACAGUUGUCCAUCUGGCUUCACUUGUACAUUUAAUCCUCUGAUAAAUAAUCACGUUUGCUGUGGAGCUACAGAUUUAGGUGUUUGUCCUGAAGGAGAAAAGGCUUACAUUGACACCUUCGACAUGACAGCAAGAGAAUGCGCUAUUAACAUUGAAGCUUCCUGUCCUUCUAAUUAUUUGUGUCGCUUCCAUAUGCAGAAAAAUAAGUAUUAUUGUUGCGCCAGUCAUACAGGAAAAACAUGUCCAAAGGGAAAAUUUUUGUUCAAGGAUUCUCGCACAUCUCAUCCUACAAGAUGCACGAUGGGCAGAGCAGAUCAAUGUCCUGAUGGAUAUUCGUGUCAAUCAUACUUGACUAAUGCACUUCAAGGAUUUUGUUGCUCCGCUAGUUCAAUUUGUCCUGACGAUGCUGAGUACGUCGUUGAUGAUCAUUCAAUGCAACCAAGAGCGUGUACAAUGGGGUCUUUUGUUUCAUGCCCAGGAGGAUUUACCUGCAGAUCAGCUUCAUCGAGCACUGAAGGUUUCUGUUGCCGUUCUGAUAUUAUAACGGCGGGUGUCAUUCCUGAAACGACGGAUGGUUGUCCACCAGGAAAUUACGUCCACAUGCUCAAUGGUGAAAUUGCUCAGUGUGAUCCAUUCAACCCUCCUAACGCUCCUUGUCCUGUUGGUUACACUUGCCAAUGGUCUACUGAAAAUCAAAGGUACCAAUGUUGUGGUUCUAAUCCUUCGCCUCCACCUGUUCGUACAAAUGAUGGCUGCCCUAGCGGACAGGUAGCUUUCCGAGAAAAAGAAAGUGUUCGAGUAUGUACAGCCGGGUCCGAACAGACCUGUCCUUCUGGUUACUUUUGUCAAUUCUCUUCUGUGAAUCACCAGUUCCAGUGCUGCGGUGUUAGUGGAGGUUGCAUGAACAAUGCUGUUGCCUUUAUUGGUGUUUCUGGAGAGCCGGAAAAAUGUGUUGUCGGUCAAUCAAACUGUCCUCUAGGAUUCGCAUGCAAACGAUCAAUUGCAGGACAUCAUGUAUGCUGUACCGUCGAGAGCAUAGCAAGUUGUACUGAAGAUGAAAUACAACUUGAUGGCUCUUGUCAUCAACGUGUUUCUCCGGGAGAUAAUUGUUUAGCUGACGAGCAAUGUAUGGGAGGUAGCGUAUGUAGAGAGGGAAUGUGUGUCUGUCCGGCUAAAACAACUCUCGUUGGUGGAUUUUGUCAAAAAGAAAUUGCUUGUGGGGAGAAUCAAAUUCUUUUCACUGGAAUGUGCCAUAACAUGGCUCGCGUGGGAGAAGGUUGUGUUGUUGGAAAGCAAUGUCCUGAUGGUGCUGGAUGCAUGGAUGGUGUUUGCGAGUGUAAAAGAGGUCUGAUAGAAAGAAAAGGAGCUUGUAUCGCUCAACCCAAUCAGAUCGUGCAAUCUAAAUUGACAACUGCGACAUGCUCGAAAUCUGGAUCGAAGCCUUUACGCGAUGAAGAGACGGGUAGAGUAAUUUAUUGUAGUUUGAGUCUGAAAUCGUGCCCAUCUGGUUAUCAUUGUCAAAUCAAUGCGAAAAAAACUCAAUAUAUGUGUUGCUCUGAUUUUAAGGAAAUCCAUGAAUCCACUACAACCAUAGCCACAACCACUAGCAAAAAUGUAUGCCCAUUUGGUAGGAUUCCCUACUUGCUGAAUGGCUCACCACAGAAGUGUAAUGGUCAGAGAUGCCCACAGGGUUAUGAAUGCCUUUAUAAAAAUCAGAAUUACUAUUGCUGUUCUGCUAAGUCAUCAACUGCUAGAACAACAAAGGCCGAACAUCUUGGAAUCGUCUCGAAACUUGAAGAUGAAUGCCUACGCGGAGCUGUUUUGAUUCAUCCAAGUACAAGGACCCCCGUUCUUUGUAAUCCUGGUAGUCGAAGCUGCCCCAUAGGAUAUGCAUGUCAAAAAAGUCUCAAAUCAGUGUCGUACGUAUGCUGCUCUUCCAAAAACUCUGACAGACCAUACACUUUCCAUAGAUUUGCGGCAGCUCCUUGUGAAGGAUUCAAUGUUUUAGUUUCGAGGAUAGUCAAUGGAAGAAUAGAAAAACAAUGCGAACGAAGUUGCCCUCAUCCUCAAGUUGCUAUUGGUGGAAUUUGUUUUGAAUUGAAUAAUUAUGCGAAGCAGUUGGUUUAG